UCGAACUCAGAGAAAUAUGCCUGCGUCUGCCUCCCAAGGGCUGGGAUUAAAGACCAUAGUGCUGCUCAACCUGUACCGGAAUCCACAGAAUAUGGCCCAAACCCCCGAUGGAUCACAUUGUCACGUGAGCGACGUGGAGGUGCAGGAACACUAUGAUAACUUCUUUGAGUUCCGACGAGAGGAGGAUGCAGAGCGGGCUGUGGCUGAACUCAAUAACCGUUGGUUCCACGGACAGGCUGUGCACGCUGAGCUGUCUCCUGUCACUGACUUCCGGGAGUCAUGCUGCCGGCAGUAUGAGAUGGGGGAGUGCACCAGAGGUGGCUUCUGCAACUUCAUGCACCUGCGACCCAUAUCCAGGAAUCUCCGUUGGCAGCUCUAUGGAAGGGGAACCAGACACAGGUCACCCAAAAGGUUCCAUACAGGCCACCAUCCCCGAGAAAGGAACCGACGGCGUUCCCCAGACCACCGGCAUGGCCGCUUUUGAGAUGGGUACUCUUGUUCUUCACCCACGGGUGUAGACAUACUGGCCAAGAUCCUUCUGAAAGGCCCCUUCCUCCAGCUCUGUCAUGCCCAGGCUUCACAGCUCUGUAAUGUAAUCUGUUCAACACAGAAGCCUCCUCUACCACCCUUCCCCUAAUAAAGCUUAAGUUUGUCUAAAAAAAAAAAAA